ACACCACCAAUGCCUGCACCACCUUCCAAGAAGCGAAGAGUCGUGGUCGAGAUAUCGGAUGACGACCAUCUUGACGGAUCAUCUGUCACGCCUUUGUCCUCCUCUGCGGUGCGGAGGUGCACCAGAGCUUCUAUUCGAUGGAUAGGUGGUAGCUCCGUCGCACCGGCCGUGAACGACACAGUCCUGCCAAAACCCUCGCCCUCGCAAUCCUGGUCUAAUAGUAAGGCUUCAACAGCGGCAAAUGCAGCACCGCUGAGGCCGAAUGCGAACAACAAUACGGCUGCGAAGCCGAGGAGCACGAAGACUAAGAAGUCUACUGCUUCUUUACGGAAGAAAGCACCGCCGGAGGAUCAGCCUAUUUAUUCGUUUUUUGCGCCAACGCAACGGGCUCCCUCGAGCUCUUCACAAAAUGCGAGGGUGAACCUUCCGUCGGCAUCGCAGAACGAGGACUUUCACGACCUGAUUGAGGACGGGUUUUCCGAUGAUGUGUUUGAGGGGAGUAGUGCUGUACCGGUUGGAUCACAGACCCGCGCUAGUUCCCAGGGCGGAGCUCGGAGGUUUAAGGUGGGUGGUGGUGGGGCUAUGGGGAAGGGUCGGAUGGAGAGUGGGGGAGCAGGCUCUAUGAAGAUGGCGUCCAAAGUUUGGAUAACUGGUACCUGCUGCCCUGUCCUCUUCUUUUCCCCUUUUUAGUGAACUGACUGGUGAUUCCAAGAUCCCCGACCUUGGCCCGAGAGGUUUGCCCCGCAGUCACCGAACAUGCUGGCGGUAAACCAGAGAAAGGUCACCGAGGUACGGUCCUGGUUUGAACGUGUCUUUGACGGGUUUUCGAAACAAAGACUACUCAUCUUGAAGGGCUCCGCUGGUUCAGGUAAAACUGCUGUGCUUAAGGUUCUAUCGAAAGAGAUAGGCUUUGAAGUGUUAGAAUGGAAGAACCCUAGCGGGAUCAUCCCGACGGCAGAGCCUGGAGGAGGAGGUGCAUCCAGCUCUGGCUUGACCGGUGUUUUUGAGGAGUUCAUGGGGCGCGCUGGGAGGUUCGGCAGUUUGAGUAUGGCUUCUACUGCACCAUCUCCCGGGAGCGGGGCCGGAGGGAAGAAGUCUACGAACGGUGGAUCGUCACUAGAGAUUGAUGGGAGUAAAAAGAAGGUGAUAUUAAUAGAAGAUUUUCCGAAUGCACUAUUUACAUCCUUGCCAGCUCCUCUGGCGUCUUUUCGGUACACCAUCAAAUCCUUCCUCGCCGCUCCUUCGCCCCCUCGCCUUCCGACCCCAAUCCCUCCUUUGGUGUUAAUAAUUUCCGAGAGCGCCAACAUGUCUGGUUCAAACGCUUUCACUGCCCAUCGCUUACUCUCCCCAGAAAUUUUACACCAUCCGUUAGCAACGUCAAUCACUUUCAAUAAGAUUGCUCCUACGUUCAUGAUCAGGGCCCUGUCGGCCAUAAUCGCUCAAGAGUCACGCGAGUCCGGGCGUAGAUUUGGGCCAAGCAAUCCAAUGCUGCAGGCUUUAUCCACCAGCGGAGACAUCAGGAGUGCCAUCAUGGGAUUGGAGUUCUUGGCGGUGAAUGGGGAGCUAGGUGCCUUUUCGGAGAAGGUGAAUUUUAAUGGGGGGGUAGGGAGGAAGAAAGCGUCCGGAGAAAGUGACCUGAAUGAGGUUGAACGAGAGAUCUUGAAUGCUGUGACCCAACGGGAAUCAAGUCUGGGGCUUUUCCAUGCGGUUGGGAGGGUGAUCUAUAAUAAACGUGAGUUUGUGUUCACUGUGUGAUUCGUGUGAAAAAUCGGCUUACCGUUACAUAGGGUAUGGAGAUGACGCCGACGAUCCCUAUAUGCCUCCUCCACCGAAACCUCCUCUGUCCCAUAUGCCAUACAGGGCUAGAACGUCGCGGGUGGACCUUGACAGAUUGAUGGACGAGGCAGGAACCAGCCCUCAGACGUUCAUCUCGGGGCUCCAUGAAAACUACCUUGGUUCUUGUACUCUUCUCGGCGGCCUUUCCCACAGUGACUAUUCCAUGGAAGAUGCCCUCACCUGCACAGUCAACUGUAUUGAAAGCCUCAGCGACAGCGAUCUUUUAGCUUCCCCAAAGCCCUAUCACCGAAUCCUCGGCCGAUUUGGUGGAUCUGAAGGUGGCGAGGCGGCAAUGGGGUCAGCUGGAGUCCGCCAGGACGAAAUAUCUUUCCAAACCGCGGUGCGGGGAGUCCUCCUCGGCCUGCCAACGCCCGUGAAGCGCGAAAAUCGCGAUACGAAGAUGUACUACCCCACCUCCCUCCGCCUCUGGCGCGACCAAGAAGAAGUCGAAGGUCUGAUAGACCUCUUCGCCAAGCGCAUCCGCACUGACAGUGAUUGCGGUGGCAUUGGCGGCGACGGUAUUGUGGGAGCCGAUCGCACGGAGCUAACGAUGGAACGCAUGCCUUACUCUAAGAUCAUACUGAAAGCCCGCCAGCGGCGGAAAGCUACCGCGGGGCCCUUCAAGGGGAGGGUCUUUGAAAUUUCUGACAAGGCAGCUGGAGCCGGCGCUCUUAAGGAGCUAGAGAAGGUCACAGACCUUAAGGGCGUAGUCUCCCCUCGCACUGAGAGCGUCCCCAGCCACGAUGACGGCGAUGAGGUGGCACAGAGCUCACCACCAGAUGAACUGGAAGCGGCGGAGGAGCACGACAAACUGCCCUCGCGAAGGUAUGCUACCGCGUGGAAUUACAAGAAGGGUGCGUGUGAGGAACCGGACACAGCUGCACAGGUGGAAAGAUUAGUCCUUAGCGACGAUGACAUAGAGGAUGAUUGAUGGGACUUUUUCUUUUUUCCCGUUGGAAUCGACUGAUCGAUUGACAAUGCUGGGCCUUUAUGUCUUGAAUUUAUUGUAUUAUAGAGUUGUGCUAGGGUUGAGUCGUUCCUGGGUAAAGGGAGACUUGAAGGUGGGGGGUGGCGCUUUGCUGUUUCGCUUGUUCUGAUUUAGUGUGGCACCGGUGGUAUGGGAUGGGCCUUCGAUGGUCUCUUGUUCUAUAUCGCGCUCUGGGGCAAAAUUACUGUAGUCAUUAGACGUCACUCGGAAAAGUUUUGUUUGCUGUGUGGGAGGGGUAUUUUGGGGUGGGAUUUUUAAGCUAAGGUAUUGCGGCGGGAGUAGCCUAGGAUGGUGCGAUUUCUUUUCCCUGAAGAUAUUGUGGAUGGCAAACUAUACAGUACACAGCGUUAUACCCGCAAUAUUUGUCCUCCAGACAGGCAGUUAGCUCGCAUAACGUCUAUUUCGAUUCCGCACACCCGUAGCAGUACUUUCAAAGGAAAAGCAAAGAUUCCAUUCCGCGAUGAGUAGAGUGAAUUGCUAAUGCCUAGAG